GGGCGGCGGCGGCGGCGGCUGAGCGACCCUGGGCCGGGCGCGUGAUGAGGAGGGGCCGGCGCCAGACCCCGCUGCACGUCGGAGCUCGCCUGGAUCCGGGCGUUGGCAGCCGAAGGGCCCUGGCCCCGGGACUCUCCGCCGCUAGCCCCCGUCAUAUCUUCUCCGCUUUCGCUUCUCCACUCUAGCCGGGGGUGGGGUGGGUGGGGUUGGGGUCUCCGCGGGGGUUUCCGGCCCCGCGGCCCGCUCCCGGGUGUGCCUGGAGGAGUUCUCCCUCUGUGGCGCGCGGGAGCCCUGUGACGCGUCAGCAGGCGGGACGGCUGAGUUGCUUCUCCGGGAAACCGUCCUCGCUUCCUCACGACCCUCUCCGCUCCCGCCUGGGUGCCCCUCGGGCCGGCAGUACUCCGCCUCCGGGCGCUCGAAGCGAGUUCCCGGGGGGCUGGUUCGCAGGCACCCCUUCCCCUCCGAGGCGGCGCGCGCGCUCCCGGCCCUGACCGCGGCCGGACACACUCGCGCCCCGGUCCGCCUGUCGCCCUCCCGCCUGCUCCCUCCAGUCACCCCACCCUUAGCUGUCUCCGCCACCUUACUCCACCACCCUCCCCCGCCUCUCCGCGCACUCCGCGUCCCGGCCUCCAGUUCCCCUUUCCCUUGAACCGCUCACUUCACAGCCCUUCGCCCCCGGGAAGAAGAAACAUUUCCCGAAGCGCACUCCUCAGCCCUCCUUCCCCACGCGCUCGCCCUCCCCUCCCCCUGCUCUUUCUUGGGGGAGGGGGCUGUCGCCUUGGAUUGAAGGCCAUUGAUUUGUAUGUAUUUGUCCCAGCGCUGGAGGCUGCCCCAGCCGCCGCGCCGGUGCCGCCGCUGCCAGUGGAGUUGCCUCCCCGCUUCCCUAGGGUGGUUGGGCUCCACCAAACAUGUCGGCUCCUGUCGGGCCCCGGGGCCGCCCGGCUCCCAUCCCGGCGGCCUCUCAGCCGCCUCUGCAGCCCGAGAUGCCUGACCUCAGCCACCUCACGGAGGAGGAGAGGAAAAUCAUCCUGGCCGUCAUGGAUAGGCAGAAGAAAGAAGAGGAGAAGGAGCAGUCCGUGCUCAAAUGAGAAAAAUUGAGAGGUGCACUUCUGAUGAUGGUGGAUUAGGCAAUUUGGACUAACUCUUCCACUGAGAACAACUAGAAAAGCUGGAUCAAAUAUAAAAAUCAUCUGUUCGUAUCAGAGAGCUAACACAUCAAUGAAGGCUGUGGAGACAAGAUCCUGGAGAAGAAGGAAACCCAAAAGGGUCAAAGAAGAACACAAACCACAACUGACACAGUGGUUUCCCUUUAGUGGAAUCACUGAACUGGUAAAUAACGUUCUUCAGCCCCAGCAAAAACAACAAAAUGAAAAGGAGCCCCAGACAAAACUGCAUCAGCAGUUUGAAAUGUAUAAAGAGCAGGUAAAGAAGAUGGGAGAAGAAUCACAGCAACAGCAAGAACAGAAGGGUGAUGCGCCAACCUGUGGUAUCUGCCACAAAACAAAGUUUGCUGAUGGAUGUGGCCAUAACUGUUCAUAUUGCCAAACAAAGUUCUGUGCUCGUUGUGGAGGUCGAGUGUCAUUACGCUCAAACAAGGAGGACAAAGUGGUUAUGUGGGUAUGUAAUUUGUGCCGAAAACAACAAGAAAUCCUCACUAAAUCAGGAGCAUGGUUUUAUAAUAGUGGAUCUAAUACACCACAGCAACCUGAUCAAAAGGUUCUUCGAGGGCUCAGAAAUGAGGAGGCACCUCAGGAGAAGAAACCAAAACUACAUGAGCAGACCCAGUUCCAAGGACCCUCAGGUGACUUAUCUGUACCUGCAGUGGAGAAAAGUCGAUCUCAUGGGCUCACAAGACAGGAUUCUAUUAAAAAUGGGUCAGGCGUGAAGCAUCACAUUGCCAGUGACAUAGCUUCAGACAGGAAAACUUCCUCUGAACUUCUGAACUCCAAGAUUAUUUCAAGGAAAAGAAGCCCAUCUGUGUCCAGAGAUCAGAAUAGAAGAUACGACCAAAGGGAAGAAAGAGAGGAAUAUUCACAGUAUGCUACUUCGGAUACCGCAAUGCCUAGAUCUCCAUCAGAUUAUGCUGAUAGGCGAUCUCAACAUGAACCUCAGUUUUAUGAAGACUCUGAUCAUUUAAGUUAUAGGGACUCCAACAGGAGAAGUCAUAGGCAUUCCAAAGAAUAUAUUGUAGAUGAUGAGGAUGUGGAAAGCAGAGAUGAAUACGAAAGGCAAAGGAGAGAGGAAGAGUACCAGUCACGCUACCGAAGUGAUCCGAAUUUGGCCCGUUAUCCAGUAAAGCCACAACCCUAUGAAGAACAAAUGCGGAUCCAUGCUGAAGUGUCCCGAGCACGGCAUGAGAGAAGGCAUAGUGAUGUUUCUUUGGCAAAUGCUGAUCUGGAAGAUUCCAGGAUUUCUAUGCUAAGGAUGGAUCGACCAUCAAGGCAAAGAUCUAUAUCAGAACGUAGAGCUGCCAUGGAAAAUCAGCGAUCUUAUUCAAUGGAAAGAACUCGAGAGGCUCAGGGACCAAGUUCUUAUGCACAAAGGACCACAAACCAUAGUCCUCCUACCCCCAGGAGGAGUCCACUACCCAUAGAUAGACCAGACUUGAGGCGUACUGACUCACUACGGAAACAGCACCACUUAGAUCCUAGCUCUGCUGUAAGAAAAACAAAACGGGAAAAAAUGGAAACGAUGUUAAGGAAUGAUUCUCUCAGUUCAGACCAGUCAGAGUCAGUGAGACCUCCACCACCAAAGCCUCAUAAAUCAAAGAAAGGCGGUAAAAUGCGCCAGGUUUCGUUGAGCAGUUCAGAGGAGGAAUUGGCUUCCACGCCUGAAUAUACAAGUUGUGAUGAUGUUGAGAUUGAAAGUGAGAGUGUAAGUGAAAAAGGGGACAGUCAAAAGGGAAAAAGAAAAACUAGUGAGCAGGCAGUUUUGUCGGACUCUAACACCAGGUCUGAGAGACAAAAGGAAAUGAUGUACUUUGGUGGCCACUCUUUGGAAGAGGAUUUGGAAUGGUCUGAACCUCAGAUUAAGGACUCUGGGGUAGAUACGUGUAGUAGCACAACCCUUAACGAGGAGCAUAGCCAUAGUGAUAAGCACCCUGUAACCUGGCAACCAUCUAAAGAUGGAGAUCAUUUAAUUGGUCGCAUUUUAUUGAAUAAGCGUCUAAAAGAUGGAAGUGUACCUCGAGAUUCAGGAGCAAUGCUUGGCUUGAAGGUUGUAGGAGGAAAGAUGACUGAAUCAGGUCGGCUUUGUGCAUUUAUUACUAAAGUAAAAAAAGGAAGUUUAGCUGAUACUGUAGGACAUCUUAGACCAGGUGAUGAAGUAUUAGAAUGGAAUGGAAGACUACUGCAAGGAGCCACAUUUGAGGAAGUGUACAACAUCAUUCUAGAAUCCAAACCUGAACCACAAGUAGAACUUGUAGUUUCAAGGCCUAUUGGAGAUAUACCGCGAAUACCUGAUAGCACACAUGCACAACUGGAGUCCAGUUCUAGCUCCUUUGAAUCUCAAAAAAUGGAUCGUCCUUCUAUUUCUGUUACCUCUCCCAUGAGUCCUGGAAUGUUGAGGGAUGUCCCACAGUUCUUAUCAGGACAACUUUCAAGCCAAAGCCUUAGUAGAAGAACAACGCCUUUUGUUCCUAGGGUUCAGAUAAAACUAUGGUUUGACAAGGUUGGUCACCAAUUAAUAGUUACAAUUUUGGGAGCAAAAGAUCUCCCUUCCAGGGAAGAUGGGAGGCCAAGGAAUCCUUAUGUUAAAAUUUACUUUCUUCCAGACAGAAGUGAUAAAAACAAGAGAAGAACUAAAACAGUAAAGAAAACAUUGGAACCCAAAUGGAACCAAACAUUCAUUUAUUCUCCAGUCCACCGAAGAGAAUUUCGGGAACGAAUGCUAGAGAUUACCCUUUGGGAUCAAGCUCGUGUUCGAGAGGAAGAAAGUGAAUUCUUAGGCGAGAUUUUAAUUGAAUUAGAAACAGCAUUAUUAGAUGAUGAGCCACAUUGGUACAAACUUCAGACGCAUGAUGUCUCUUCAUUGCCACUUCCCCACCCUUCUCCAUAUAUGCCACGAAGACAGCUCCAUGGAGAGAGCCCAACACGGAGGUUGCAAAGGUCAAAGAGAAUAAGUGAUAGUGAAGUCUCUGACUAUGACUGUGAUGAUGGAAUUGGUGUAGUAUCAGAUUAUCGACAUGAUGGUCGAGAUCUUCAAAGCUCAACAUUAUCAGUGCCAGAACAAGUAAUGUCAUCAAACCACUGUUCACCAUCAGGGUCUCCUCAUCGAGUAGAUGUUAUAGGAAGGACUAGAUCAUGGUCACCCAGUGUCCCUCCUCCACAAAGAUCUUGUUGUUUUAGUCGGAAUGUGGAACAGGGGCUUCGAGGGACCCGCACUACGACCGGACAUUAUAAUACAAUUAGCCGAAUGGAUAGACAUCGUGUCAUGGAUGACCAUUAUUCUCCAGAUAGAGACAGUCAUUUUCUUACUCUACCUCGCUCCAGAUACAGUCAGACCAUUGACCAUCAUCACAGGGAUGGCAGGGAUUGUGAAGCAGCAGAUAGACAGCCAUAUCACAGAUCCAGAUCAACAGAACAACGGCCUCUUCUUGAGCGGACCACCACCCGCUCCAGAUCCACUGAACGUCCUGAUACAAACCUCAUGAGGUCGAUGCCUUCAUUAAUGACUGGAAGAUCUGCCCCUCCUUCACCUGCCUUAUCGAGGUCUCAUCCUCGUACUGGGUCUGUCCAGACAAGCCCAUCAAGUACUCCAGUGGCAGGACGAAGGGGCCGACAGCUUCCACAGCUUCCACCAAAGGGAACGUUGGAUAGAAACAAUGGAGUCAAGGAGAUAGAACCUUAUGAAGAAGAACUGGACUCUACAAGGAGAAGAUAUGCAGGUACUAUGGAUAUAGAGGAGAGAAAUCGCCAAAUGAAAAUUAACAAAUACAAACAGGUAGCCGGAUCAGAUCCCAGACUGGAACAAGAUUACCAUUCGAAGUAUCGAUCAGGAUGGGAUCCUCAUAGAGGGGCAGAUAAUGUUUCUACUAAAUCUUCGGACAGUGAUGUAAGUGAUAUAUCUGCGGUUUCAAGGACUAGUAGUGCUUCUCGUUUCAGCAGCACAAGCUACAUGUCUGUCCAAUCAGAACGCCCAGGAGGAAACAAGAAAAUCAGACCAAAGGGAAUAGAAGAGGGAGGGAAAGAAGGGGAUAAGCAUGAAGAGAUAGUUCAUGAGAAGGAAGAGGUAAAGGAAGAAAGAAUUAAUGAGAAUGAGAAAGGGAAAGAGAUUGCCAAAACGUGUAAUAAGGAGAAAAACAGAGAAUCAGGAGACGAGGAAAAAACACAAGAUAUACACGAGCAAGGGAAAGAAAAAGAACAGUGGAAUAAAGAGGAUUUGCAAAGGAGAUUCUCACAAGAUGAUACCAGUGUCUUUACAUCCAAAAUGCAAAGCAGACAAAUGGGCAUAUCAGGGAAGAACAUGACAAAAAGCACCAGCAUCAGUGGAGACAUGUGCUCACUGGAGAAGAAUGAUGGCAGCCAGUCUGACACUGCAGUGGGCACCUUGGGCACCAGUGGCAAAAAGCGGCGCUCUAGCCUUGGUGCCAAAAUGGUAGCUAUCGUUGGUCUGUCACGGAAAAGUCGCAGUGCUUCUCAGCUCAGCCAAACGGAAGCAGGAGGUAAAAAACUAAGGAGCACUGUCCAAAGAAGUACAGAAACAGGCCUGGCCGUGGAAAUGAGGAACUGGAUGACUCGACAGGCAAGCCGAGAGUCUACAGAUGGUAGCAUGAACAGCUACAGCUCAGAAGGAAAUCUCAUUUUCCCUGGUGUUCGCUUGGCCUCUGAUAGCCAGUUCAGUGAUUUCCUGGAUGGCCUUGGCCCUGCUCAGCUAGUGGGACGCCAGACUCUGGCAACACCUGCAAUGGGUGACAUUCAGGUAGGAAUGAUGGACAAAAAGGGACAGCUGGAGGUAGAAAUCAUCCGGGCCCGUGGCCUUGUUGUAAAACCAGGUUCCAAGACACUGCCAGCACCAUAUGUAAAAGUGUAUCUAUUAGAUAACGGAGUCUGCAUAGCCAAAAAGAAAACAAAAGUGGCAAGAAAAACGCUGGAACCCCUUUACCAGCAGCUAUUAUCUUUCGAAGAGAGUCCACAAGGAAAAGUUUUACAGAUCAUCGUCUGGGGAGAUUAUGGCCGCAUGGAUCACAAAUCUUUUAUGGGAGUGGCCCAGAUACUUUUAGAUGAACUAGAGCUAUCCAAUAUGGUGAUCGGAUGGUUCAAACUUUUCCCUCCUUCCUCCCUAGUAGAUCCAACCUUGGCCCCUCUGACAAGAAGAGCUUCCCAAUCAUCUCUGGAAAGUUCAACUGGACCUUCUUACUCUCGUUCAUAGCAGCUGUAAAAAAACUGUUGUCACAGCAACCAGCGUUACAAAAAAAAAAAAAAAAAAAAAAAAAUCACAGGUUGCAAACCCUGGUAACACUGCAUGCUUAAUGUUGUGUCUUCUGAGCCUGUUUCUAGGGAUACAAAGCAAUCCUGUGUUCUCAGAGGAAGUUGCACACAUUGUGCCCUAAAGAAGGCCCUCAGGUGAAAGAGCAGAGCUGUGAAGAACUAUCAGGUUUGGAAUUCAAUGACACUCGAGUUCUGGUCCAAUCUGAAGCCAUGGAUUAAUCUCAAAGAAUCAGUCAGUUUCAUGCAACAGAAGCCCUUUUCAAUGGCACCUUUAUAUUUUUAUCAUUCCUUUUUCUUCAUUUAUCUAACCCCAAAGCCCUGAUAUGCCACAGAAAUGGAGCUACACAGCCAUGAAGCGGUGUUACAGGUGAGGAGUGAAAUCCUAGGAAGCAUCAGGUGAAAAGCAGGAGACCAAAGAAGUGGUCAGGAACAAUCAUCAGCCCUCCUCUGGGCGGGGAUCAGAGCAGUCAGUCCAGCAGGAAGAGUGGCAGACUUUGUAGCUCCAUGGGCACGUCAUUUACUAAUGCUAAGAUGUGUUGGACUCUGAAAAACAAAAUUCUGUGGCUACACUGUACGGAAUGAAAUUAAAGAAACUUUUUUUGCAUGGACACAGAUUAGCUGAAUACUUAAAUUAUUUUCUUGGGGCUGCAACUUGCAAAAAAAAAAGAAAAAAAUAAAAAUCAGCCAUUUUCAACAAUUUAUAUUAUUUUUAAAAAUAAAUUUCACUAGUGCAUGGUUUUAAAAAGGAGAGAGAAUGCAACAGGGUGAUACAAAGAUACACCAUGUUUAUUCUUUAAUCAUAGUCUGUGUUUUGGCAGACAUUACAAAUGGAAAUACUUUCUAGAAGAUACUUAAAAUUCUCUUUAUGUGACAAGUAUAAUAUAUUCAAUUUAUUUCCAUGUUAAAUAUACAAAUCUUAUGAAGUUCAAUAUGUGCAAAUUUUUCACAUCUUUCUCCUUCUCUCACUUUACCUCUUCUCCCUCUUUUAAACUUUUCUUUCUCCCUGCCAGAGUGAACCUUAUACUAAAAAAUUACAAGUUUUGAUCUGAUCCUCUCUCCUACCCCAUGUUUGAUUCAGAGCUGUAGAUGCCUCUGAAUUUGCGAAUUUCUCAAGGGAAAAUUAACUUUAAGAGCUUUCUUUAUUUCAAGCAUGUUGAAAAGGAUUUUGCAACAUGACUUGGGAGUACAUUAAAGUAAGUCAGCAUGUAUUUGACAAAGAAGAUAUUUGAACUUUUGCAGUUUAUUGUACAGUGCAUGGUAAUUUUUUCACCUUUAAAAUUCAGUUUACAGGAAAAUUCUAAAAUCAUGUUGCCAUUGUGAUGUCCAAUAAAUUUGUUUUUAGCACCAGCAUUAUUCAUACAGGGGUUAAAGUAUUAUUUGUAGAAGGUCUUAGGUUUUGUUUGUUUUUUAAUCAUUUAAAGCAAUUUCUUUAGCCAGUUUCCAUUUACUAUGUGAAUAGAAGCACUGCUAAAAAUUGGGAACCCUGAAACACAGGGCUGUUUAUUAAUUCAUUUUUCUGUAGUAAAAUUCAAUUUUUCACAAAUUAUAUUUCUAAAGAAAUAUAGUAAACAUAAAUUUGCAACAAUUUUAAAGCUCCAGUUUUUAGGUGACUCAAAGAAAGUCAUUAUGCCUAUUAAUAGUUAUUUGAUGCCAUCACCAAAAGUCUAUGUGAAAAUCUCCUAAAGUCAAAACCCCUGCCUUUGGUUUUACAGACGGUUAUUACCAUUGGGUGGAGCUGCAAGGUCAAAUUUCUCCUAAGUUCCCCUAUUUAGAGGAAAAGUCACUGGUUAUUGUAAUAAACCACCCAUGGUUCUUUAUGUACAUUUUGAUAACACAUUAUUAUAGCUUGAUUUUAAUUUUUUGCAUUAAUUUUUGAAAUCCACAUACAUCUCAUUUGUUUAAAUUAAGGCCAUGCACAAAUUUUUUUUUAGUUCAGUGCUGACCAUUAAAAACUAUCAUGCUUGAUACGGUGCAAAAGUUAAAAUGAGUAUCACUAAAAAUGCCUUCUUUUUAUGUGGUGCAAUAUGAAAUACACCAAGACUGUGUCUUGACAUUCUGAUGGACCCAGGUAAAGUUGUUAAAAGAACGAAUAAAACUUUAUUAAAAUAAUGUAGACACCUGUGUACCAGCAACAAUUGAUUUAAUAGACCUAUAGUGUCUAUACUAUCCCCUAAAAUAAAGGUUUAUGAUUUUCCUGAUACUAAGAUGCAGUCACAUAAUCUUUUGUGCAUAUUCCUAUACAAAUUAUUUCUAAUUUUAAUAAGAAGGACGUGACUACGGAAUAUUUGUACGUACUUGUCAUUAUGCAGUAUUUAUUUAAAAGUUGGUGUUUUUUUUUAAUUUUCACAUCUGCACCUCGACUUAUGGUUUAGUCAUGUAACAAGCACUAUGCCAGUGACCAUUGUUGCCCUGUACAUAGUAUGUUUGAAAAGUAAAGGGAAUUCCAGUUGGGAAAAAAGGGCAGAUUAGUCCUGUAAUGAACACCAACUAAUGUAAAUCAAAUUCAUUCUGGUGAUGGUAUUUAACACUUUAAAUAAAACAUUUUCUUUACAGA